AUGCAUGACGAUAAUAAUAACAGAAAUGGUAGCAGAAAUGGUAAUAAUAAUGAUAGAGACAAUGAUGAUUACAAGAGUAAUGAUAUAAUCGAUCCAGAUGAUCCUACAUCGAAAGAAGACCACAAUAUAUUUAUAUUUAAUAGUGAGCUAACACUGGACGAAAAUAUUGAGAAAAUUCGGAAAUUUUUUUGGGAAGAUGAUUAA